UCGUGGGGGGCGUACACGUCGCCAUAUUGUUUACGCGGGAAAAUCGCUAACGUAUUUCGCGCGCUCCAAUUUCAAAACUAAUUCUGUGUUCGAAUUUGUGGAUUGCCAACUAGCAUUGUGAUUUCAAGUGAAGUUUAAUAGUGAAGUGAAAAUACCAUAAACAGUGUUUGUGUGGAUGAAGUUUCGACCGGUUUUUUAAAACCAACAAAUCACCACAAUGCAGUGCAUAAAAUAAUUGGAAUAAUGAUAAAAUUUUGAAAUAAAAUGUUAGAGGAGAUCGUUUAUACGAUUCUCCCGAGUACACGGACGCUGAGGUGUAAAAAGAAACCUUAUGCCAAUCCAGCAAAAAGCAGAAAAGAAGAAAACAGAACUGAAGAUGUUAGUGCAAGUGAAAUACUUGGAGAAAUCAGUGUAUCUGUGGACAAUGCUGAAACACACGCGGUUAAAACACCUCGAUUCAAAGUGUCAAUUUUGAUGUCAUUCCUCAUAUUCUAUGUAUGUGUAUUAAAUGUGAUAAUCUCGUGUGAUGUUAGUAUUAGUGAUGUAAAUAUCAAAGAAAGAAAAGGGGGUUUGUACGCACGUGAAACUAUUAGAGAAAAACCCAAGUACUGGUAUGGACAUAGACAUGAUGGCUACGAAGGUUACGGAAAAAACCUCCGUAAAAGUCGAGCGUCAGCUAAAAGACAGACUGAUGACGGCAAACCAGAAAAGUACCCAGAAGCUCAAGAAUUUUUUAAGUAUGAUUACAUUAAGGAUAAAGAAGAUAUACCAAAUGCAACUCAAUAUCCAAACUAUUUUCACAUGGGUAACAACAUUCGCGAUGACCCACGAGCUGUGGGAUAUCCUCAUGAUCUCGCAUCCCAUCCGUAUUUUAUAAAAAAUAUUCAGUUCAACUUAAGGCCAGAAAGGCAUCAAUUUAUGGAGAAAAUUGUAAAACUUGGUGUUUUACUACCGGCUGAUGAGAACCAAGUUUUUUCCCUUGGAAAAGUUUUGCCUAUCAUAGAGAUGGCAAUACCAGCUGUUACAGGAAGUGAUGGACCACUACCAGGCUGGACCAUCCUAGUAGACUAUAGAGAUACAAGAUGUUCUUCUGUAGAAGGACCUUUGGCUGCUUUUGAAUUCUACGUCCAUCAAGCUGCUGAUGCGUUUAUCGGUCCUGGUUGUGAGUACGUCAUAGCACCAGUGGCGAGGUACGCUGGACCUUGGGGCAUUCCUGUCCUGACCGCCGGGGCGCAGGCCGAAGCUUUUGGGUACAAGGUACCCAGUUACAGCACCUUAACCAGAAUGAUGGGAAGCUACACACAAGCCGCUGUCGCGAUCCGCAAAGUCUUUGAGGAGUUCAAGUGGCGUCGCCUAAGCAUGCUUUACCACAACUACGAUCCUGCUUCAGGCAAAGGGAAUAGUCCUUGUUUUAUGACCUUGAGUGCAGUAGUAUCAGUUCUGAAGAAGAAUAAUAAAGGAGACAGCAUAGCUGCUACAAAACCAUUCGAUGAAAACAACAUUACUACCACAAAGAUAAAAGAGUUACUUCACGAGUUGUCUAAACACAGUAGAAUUGUGGUAGUGUGUGCGAACCCGAGCACAGUUCGCGAAAUAAUGUUGGCAGCGGACGAUCUGAACAUGGUGUCAUCUGGCGAAUACGUGUUCUUUAAUAUCGAGUUGUUUUCUAACCUCGCAUCAGCAUCGUCCAAAGAACCGUGGAAAGUAGAAGGUGAUACUGAUGAACGGAACGAGAAAGCCAGGAGAGCAUACAGUGCUGUGCUGACAGUCACCAGCCCAGCUCCGGAGAAGAAAGAGUAUCUAAAGUUCUCUGAUCAGGUGAAAGUAUUAGCCGCUACGAAGUACAACUACACGUUUGGGAAAGGCGAAGUGGUGUCUACGUUUGUAGCAGCGUUCUAUGACGCAGUCCUUCUCUACGCACUCGCACUCAAUGACACGCUUCGCGAUGUUGAAGAUCCGAGAGGACCGCUUGAUGGCGCUGCAGUCAUUAGAAAAAUGUGGAAUAGGACUUUUCAAGGAAUAACUGGAGAAGUGGUCAUCGAUUCGAAUGGUGAUCGUGUGGCUUCAUACUCACUGCUGGACAUGAAUCCUAAUACCAGCCAGUUUCAGGUGGUAGCAACGUAUUUAGCAAAUGAUUCAACUCUACAGUUUAUCAAAGACCGGCCCAUCCACUGGGCUGGUGGCAGAAAGGUUCCACCACCAGACACUCCGGUUUGUGGCUUCGAUGGAUCACUUUGUCCUGAUAACUCUCUACCAGUGUACGCGAUUUCGAGUAUAAUCCUCAGCUCAGUUGUGGUCGUGUUGGCUAUACUUUCUGUUUUCAUAUACAGGCAUUAUAAGCUGGAAGCAGAGAUAGCCAUGAUGACGUGGCGAGUCGGUUGGAGUGAUGUCCUUCAACCAGGUGGUCGGUUGCGGGGGAGCAUGCAUUCAUUGGCGAGAAGAUACAGUACUGGGACUACAUUUUCGGAUGAAGCUACAUCCUUGGCUGGUGACAGACAAGUCUACACACCUUGCGGUUUCUACAAAGGCUGUCGAGUUGCCAUCAAAAAAGUGGACAAGCAGCGAAUAGACCUUACAAGACCACUUCUUCUAGAACUGAAGAAAAUGAAGGAUCUAGAACAUGAUCAUUUGGCAAGAUUUUUCGGAGCCUGUGUAGAUCCUCCCCAUUGCUGCCUCAUGACGGAAUACUGCCCUAAAGGAUCUUUGCAAGAUAUUUUGGAAAACGAGUCUAUCAAGCUGGAUUGGAUGUUCAAAGUCAGUUUGAUGCAUGACAUUGUGAAGGGCAUGCACUACCUUCACGGCUCAGACAUCAGAUCUCACGGCGCUUUGAAGUCUAGUAACUGUGUGGUAGACUCACGAUUCGUUCUGAAGAUCACAGACUUCGGACUUCAUGCCCUAAGAACUUCAGAAAAGGACUCCAGAGCACAUAGUUACUGGACCCGUCUUCUAUGGACGGCACCAGAACUGCUUCGAACGGCUGAACCUCCACCAGAAGGAACACAAAAAGGAGAUGUGUACUCCUUUGGUAUAGUCAUGCACGAGAUCGUCAACAGACAAGGAGCAUUUUGGCUUGGUCCUGGCAUUGAAAUGGCUCCAAAAGAAAUAAUUGAAACGGUGAUAUCAAGUGGACUUCGUCCAAACACUUCACACCACCGCGAGCGCUCUUGUGAAGUAGAUGACGCCACUGAGCUGAUGCGGCGGUGCUGGGCUGAAGACGCUACGGAGAGACCCGACUUCGCUCACUUGAAGGGAGCGAUCCGGCGCCUCAACAAAGGUCAAGCGAGUAGCAAUAUUUUAGACAAUUUGCUUUCACGUAUGGAGCAGUACGCAAAUAAUUUGGAAUCAUUAGUUAGCGAAAGAACACAAGAUUAUUUAGAAGAAAAGAAGAAAUGCGAAGAACUGUUGUAUCAGCUUUUGCCCAAAUCCGUCGCUUCACAAUUGAUCAAUGGUCAGUCAGUAGUCGCCGAGACAUUCGAACAAGUGACAAUCUAUUUCUCAGACAUCGUCGGGUUCACUGCACUCUCUGCAUCGUCCACACCCAUGCAAGUGGUCGACCUGCUAAACGAUUUGUACACCUGCUUCGAUUCCAUUGUAGAGAACUACGAUGUAUAUAAGGUGGAAACCAUUGGCGAUGCUUACAUGGUUGUGUCUGGUCUACCAGAACGUAAUGGCACUCGGCAUGCCUGUGAAGUGGCUCGAAUGUCUUUGGCACUUCGGGACGCCGUCAGCAGGUUCCGUAUUAGGCAUCGACCACAAGAUCAGCUGAAACUCAGGAUUGGAUUACAUUCUGGUCCUUGUGUAGCUGGUGUUGUAGGGCUAAAGAUGCCUCGAUACUGUCUCUUCGGCGACACCGUCAAUACAGCUUCCAGAAUGGAGUCUAAAGGAGAAGCUCUCAAAAUCCACGUAUCUCCGGUCACGAAGGCACUGCUUGACCCCUUUGGAACCUUCAAUUUGGAGUGCCGAGGAGAAGUCGCUAUGAAGGGUAAAGGAAUUCUAGUCACAUAUUGGUUGUUAGGUGAAAAGGUAGAUCCAAACGCACCUAAAGACAAACCGUCAUUAGUCAAAACCCAGACACUUUCAACAGACAGUGGAUCGCUAUCACACCUGACACCAUUUAGACAACGAUUAGAACAAAGCUCCCGAUCCUCAAGUAGGCGUGGAUCAGGAAUAUUUAUUCAAAGAACAGACACGAGCAAAUUAGAGAAAGAAGUCCAACCAUUGUUAAAAAACUUGAGUAUCCAACGACAGCAUUCUGACCCUACAGAACCAGUUUCCAAUGGCGUCACAGAUAAUGGAGACGAUGUGGACAAACAAAGUGUCUCAAACUCCAUAUCACUAAACGUCAAUUCGUUAAACCAUAACUCUGUUCACUCCAGUCAACCAAGAGUGAAGUUGAAAGACCUACAGAACCAGAACUCAGUCGGGAACCACAAAACGAACAAAAUAGGUAAUAACAAUUGGAUUUCCAAAUUACCCACAGCGAGCUCAUUUGAUAACGGCACCAAGAAAGGAGCGGAGCGGUUAAAGGAUUAAAGCAGUGUCCCAUUACUGUCUAAAGCUGAUACACCAAACGAUUCAAUUGUAUAGACUCUCUGUGAAUUUAGAAUGAACUUUAAUGAAUAUAUUUCUGCGAAACAUUUGUGCGAAAACUUCAUUUUGCUUCUCUAUCACACUAUUUCCAUCAUCUAAGUGGAUGUUGUAUUUGCUCUCACUUGCUCGUUCAAGUAUUAUGUGUAUGUACAUUUAGUGAAUAUAGGAAUACAUUAAUUAAUGCUAAAGCAACUCAGCCCCUAAUGGUCUGUGUUCCCGAAGCCAUUUGUCUCAAUUUAUUAGGCCAUUUCAAGAGAUCGUUUAGACUUACAUAAACCUUCUUUUCCUUUUAGUGAAAGAAAAUGAAAGUUACUUAUUACAUGAAUUAAUUUAGUUUCAUUUUCCAUGAUAACCAAUAAAUAUAA